AUGGAGGUGAUAUUUUCUGCUGUCAUCGAUGAGCUCGCCGGUAGAUCCAUGUCCUUCCUCGUGGACAGAUACCUGAAGCGGAUGGCGGCACCGACGGAGGAGGAGCGGCUGCGGAGCCUGCAGCGGCUGCUGCUGCGGGUUCGCGUCGUUGUCGAGAAGGCAGAUGGCCAGCUCAUCACGAACCAGGUCAUGAUGCAUCAACUCGGCAUACUGAAAGAGGAGAUGUACAGAGGGUGCUACACCCUCGACGUGCUCAGUUGCCAAUCCCAUGGAGAAGACAGGACGAAAGAUCAUGAGGUUAGUUACUCCCUUGCCCCCAUCGAAGUUCAACACUGCUUCGCAAACUUUUAAUAAAAUGGCUGCAUGCAUCAUUAUGAUGCAAAGGCCGGGGGUAAACCUCCAUUUCCCAAAAAAAAGCGCGUCUGCUUCUGCGGUGGCAGUGAUCGUCAAGGCUCAGCACAAGCUGAGCUGAUGGAGCAAGUUCUGGCUGC